AUGGGCCAGCUGCACCACGGGAAAGUGCGAGAGGAGGGAGAGAAGAGGGGAGAUUCAGUCGGGAUGGGCCUAUGGUACUCUAGGGAGGUCGGUUAUAGUUGGCGUCAUUUGUUUGGAUUUAGGAAUUGGUCGAUAUGCGUGUACGGCUCAGGAAGGAACAAGAAGGAGAAGAGCAAUAGAAGGAGAGUCGGAACAAGAGCCAAAGUAGAAGAAUAUGAUGAUAAUGAUGAAGAAGGAUCGGAGAUGCCGCCGAGACGCUAG